CUCGAAGACUCCGAUAUAAUUUACACUGAUGAUUGAGUCUUUUUUGUUUUCACAGGCAGUCUGAAAGGCGUUCCUGGUGGCAGCAGCUGGAUGUCCUAAUGGAGGAUAUGUGUGGGGUCAUUGAUAAUGUUAUAUGACUUUUUUAAUAUACACACAUUAUUUAUUUGGCUUACACUCCAUCUGCACUAUUAUGGCAGGUUUCUAGCAUAUUUUGUAAAGACUUAAAUCUCAUUUGAGAUUUAAAAAACAAACAAACAUAUAUAAUCAGCACGAUUAUCAUCCUUUGAAGAUCCCUUGGAGCACUUAGCCUUUGUGAAUCCUGAACGCUGGUCACACGCAGCACAUCGCAGUUUGGAGGUUGAAUGAUGCUCCAGUCCUGCGAUCACCGGGGUCAGUCCUGUCCCGAACUGCGUCCCGCCCAGCGCCGCCCUCGGAGACUCCACACCUCUGCGCCCUGCGCUCUGCGCACUGCGCACGGAGCCGAGCCGAGCCGAACCGAGCCGCAGGACGACUGCGCCGCCGGACCGACGCAUGGCCAGGUCAUCGCAGAAACCCAAAUGCUACUUGAUCCGGGAUGGCUCUGGUGUUGACGCUCCGCAGUGUGAUCCGAUGACACACAAGAAAGUGGGAGGUGCACUCACUUCAGUGUGCUGCAGGCUGCGAAGCCUCUGAGAUUCCCUCCUGGGACAAGUGCCCGGCGCCCGGCAGCUGCUCCACCAUGGUGUUUGGACAGAUCUUUCACCAGCACAGCUCCGACGGCUGCUUCAUCAACGUUAACGUCGGAGGUUUCAAGCAGCGAAUGCAGCACGCGGUUCUGAAUCGGUUCCCGCAGACGCGUCUCGGACGCCUCCUGUGCUGCAGCUCCAAAGAAGCGAUCCUGGAGCUCUGUGACGACUUCAGUCCCUCUGAAAUGGAGUUCUAUUUUGAUCGCAACCCGAGUUUCUUCUGUUACAUUCUCAACUUUUACCUCACCGGUAAAAUCCACCUGGCGGACGGAUUAUGUGUGGUUUCGUUUGUCCAAGAGAUCGAGUACUGGGGCAUCAAGGAGCGUCAUCUGGACUUGUGCUGCAGCAACAAAUUCUAUGAGCUGAUGGAGCUCGCUGAGGAUAAGCACUGGGAUCAGAGCAGCGACGGAGUGCAGCCCCACAGCUCAGGCUCUUCCACUGAGGAGCUGUCAGCUUCUGAGGAGAACAUAGAAAUGUUUGAGGGCACCUGGUGUGCAGAUGUCCGCAGCAAUAUUUGGAUCCGACUUGAGAAUCCAGGUCACUCUACCUCAGCCAAAGCGUAUGCGGUCGCCUCCCUGAGCUUGGUCAUUGUCUCCAUCGUGGCCAUGUGCGUUCACAGCAUGCCGGACUUCCACCAGGUGGACGUCAACGACAGAGAGAUCGAAAACCCAGUGCUGACGUUCUUUGAGAACCUCUGUGUCCUGUUCUUCUCUGCAGAGUUCAUCCUGCGUUUGGCUGUCGCACCGUCGCCGAGGAAGUUCCUGUGCCGUCCUCUCAAUGUUAUUGACUUCAUGACAGUCAUGCCCUUCUAUGUCACUGUAGCCUGUGACCUAAUGGACGACGGCGAAAGCACAGAUCUGGGGAACGUUGGCAAAGUGGUGCAGAUCUUGCGGUUGAUGCGAGUGUUUCGCAUCCUGAAACUGGCUCGCCACUCAGCCGGCCUCCGCUCCCUCGGCGCCACGCUGCGCCACAGCUCCAGCGAAGUCGGGCAGCUGGUGCUGUUCUUGUCGGUGGGCAUUUCCAUGUUCUCUGUUCUCAUUUACUUUGUGGAGAAAGAAUCCAGAGAGUCGGAGCUGCAGACCAUCCCCGUUGGCUGGUGGUGGGCCACCAUUAGCAUGACCACGGUAGGCUACGGGGACACCUACCCCGUGACGCCUGCCGGCAAGGUGAUAGGAGCCCUGUGCAUCGUCUGCGGACUGCUGAUUGUAGCUCUGCCCAUUACGAACAUCUUCAACAAGUUCUCCAAGUUCUACCAGAGGCAAAGUCACACAGAGUAGAUCUCCCAAUAACUGAGCCCACAAGCAAUAUUGGGAUGUGGCAACGCCACAAACUCAUUCAUCACUCGGGAGUCAGCUGUGUGAGCGGAGACAGUUUGGCUCAGCUUUGGUUGGUCACAAAAUAAAAUGCAUGAAAGUGACUUCAAUAAAUGAUCAAGCAAGUCUA